AUGGCUAGGCUGCUACAUAACCUAGUCAAAAAGGAUACGCCUUGGCAAUGGAACACUAAAGAACAGGAGGCAUUCCAAGGAUUAAAAGAUGCCAUCACCAACACACUGGUACUAUGUCACGUGGACCCUUCAAAACCUUACUUCCUGGAGACAGAUGCAUUGGGAGCAGCAUUGGGAUCUAUUCUCAGCCAACAACAGGAAGAUGGGCGCCUACACCCACUAGGCUUCCUAUCUGAAUCAUUCAAAGGGGCAGAACAAAACUACAAUACCCAUGACAAGGAGCUUCUGGCAAUCAUCAGGUCCUUUGAAUAUUGGCGCAUCUUCUUGGAAGGAACAGCACAUCCUGUCACUGUUUUUACAGAUCACCGUAACCUAGAGUACUGGAAGGAAUCCAGAACUUUCAACCGCUGCCAUGCAUGUUGGCACCUUCUACUAGCCAGCUAUAAUUUCCAGAUUAUAUACAGACCAGGAAAACAGUCCAGAAAACCUGACACCCUGUCACAACCGUCAGACCACGCAGACAUCCCCCCUGCCAAUCAGACCAUGCUUCCCAACCCUGUAUUUGCCAACAUAGCCCUAGUCACGCCCAAGAAAGAACUGCAAUGGCAGAUUGAGGGAGCCCUGGACCAAGAUGAAUCCUUGGAGGAAAUCCUACAGUUCCUCCAAACCAAGUCAAAGGCACCCCCAUCCAUUAAACAGGCUUUCAAGGACUAUCAAAUGGAAGCAGGUCUACUUUUUUACCAAGGAUGGAUUGUGGUUCCUGAUGUUGGCUCCCUGAGAACAGACCUCCUCCAAAUCUUCCACAACAGCCCACUGGCAGGCCACCCAGGCAGGCAACAAACCCUGGAAUUGAUUUCACGCAAUUACUAUUGGCCGGGUAUUUGGGCCAAUACAUACUGGCACGUGGACUCAUGCAAAACUUGCCAACAAAUCAGAAAGCCAAAGUAUGCGCCCAUUCCCCCGCAACCGCUGGAACUCCCCAAACGCCCCUGGCAACACAUCUCCUAUGACAUGAUUGUUGAUCUACCCAAGGACGGGGCUUACAACUCUAUACUGGUCAUUGUGGACAGUUUCACCAAAUAA